AUGCCCAGAAAGCGGUGCUCACGCGGGUCAUGCUGGGUUCUUUCACCGCGGUCUACCCGUGAUCACAAGGCCGACGUGUGUAACCGUAUCUGCCGGGACUUCGUACAGCAGUUCGUUGAGGAUGCUGUCCAGGCAGCUGAGGGGAGGAGGAAGGAAGAUGAUCUUCUUGGAGAAGAAAGAAUGAAGACAAAGGAGAAGCGUAUCUUCUCGUAUGAGUUGGCGUCGCAGACGUCCGAUAAGCGGCGCAUUCUGGAUGAGCUGAUGGAUGUGCUCCUAGCCGAACGCGAUACAACGGCCAGCCUCCUCGGGAACCUGUUUUUCAUGCUGGCGAAGAAUCCGGCCAUCUGGGAGAAGCCGCGCCGUGAGGUUGAUGUCUUGCAGAACCGGUCGCCGACAUAUAAGGAGCUUCGUAGGCUGAAGUAUGUUCAGUGCCGUGUGAAUGAAUAUAUAGAUCUUUCCCCCCCCCCUUCCCCAUCCCAUUACCCUCGUUACUCUCACUCCCCACUAAUUCGAAGACUCCCCUCCAGCGCAGAGCGCUGGGAAGAUGGCGAGUUGCAUCUACAGCUGCUCCCGCGUUGGGAAUAUUUACCGUUCAAUGGCGGGCCGCGGAUCUGUAUUGGCCAGCGCUAUGCCUUGAACGAAGUAAGCUACGUUCUUGUUCGGAUGGUGCAGAAGUUCCGCGGGCUAGAGAGCCGGGAUCCGGGGCCUUGGGAGGAAAGUCUGGCUUAA